UUCCUUCUGGCUGCUGUCCCUUCCCCCGCACAGAGGCAGAACAGCCAGUAGCCCAAACCAGUCUGCCAAGGGCAGCUGGAGAGUUGGUCUGACCUGGCAGCCCCCGCCCUCAGGGAGUAGAGGCUGCUCCUUUGAUAGGCGGUUUAGGGGCACGGAGUGGGCCCUUUGGGGUCUUGGGCUGUCACGGGAACUCCAGAAGGCAAUGCAGAGCCUAGAGCCAUGAAGGACUGCUCAGAUAUCAUCCUCUGUGUGGAGGCAACAGAGCUGAGCAAGACGGAGUUCUGCAAUCCUGCUUUUGAGCCUGAAUCAGGGCUGCCUCGCCCUCCACCUGCCUUCCGGGAGGACCCCAGCAGCCGCUUCCAAGCUCCCUGGCAUGGUCAGCGCCCCCGAGGGCUGCAGCCAGACUGCCGCUUCUCCUGGCUGUGUGUCCUCCUGCUGGCCAGCCUGCUGCUCCUGCUGCUCGGGCUGCUGGUGGCCAUCAUCCUGGCCCAAUUGCAGGCUGCAUCCCCAUCUGAGGCCGCCUUUGAUCUACCACCUUCCCGAGGCUUCACCACCACUGGGGCCCCUAAAGGGCAACUGGAGGCAGGCAUGAGCCCCACACCCCAGUCCGCCUGUGGGGGCCUCCUUCCUGGCCCAAGGGGCUUCUUCAACAGCCCCAACUACCCAGACCCUUACCCACCCAACACCUACUGCGUGUGGCAUAUCCAGGUGGCCACAGACCAUGCUAUACAGCUCAAGAUUGAAGCUCUCAGCAUAGAGGGGGUGGCUUCUUGUCUUUUUGAUCGCUUGGAAAUCUCCCCCAAGCCUGAAGGCCCACUCCUCAGAGUGUGUGGGAGGGUGCCUCCCCCCACACUCAACACCAACGCCAGCCACCUCCAGGUGGCCUUCGUCUCUGACAGCAGCGUGGAAGGAUCUGGCUUCCACGCCUGGUACCAGGCUGUAGCCCCAGGGCACGGGAGCUGUGCCCACGAUGAGUUCCCCUGUGACCAGCUCGUCUGCCUGCUACCUGACUCAGUGUGCGAUGGUUUUGCCAACUGUGCCGAUGGCAGUGAUGAGACCAACUGCAGUGCCAAGUUCUCAGGUACGGCCCCCACCAGCCUCAGGGCGGACACUGUCUUCAGGCAUCUGAUCCAGGUUGAGGCCGUCUUCCUCAGGCCUGGCCCAGACCCAAACCUGCCUGGUUACUCUUCUGGCCCAGAAUUUGUUUCCCCACAGGCAUGGGCAAAACUCCUCUGCCGUCAAUGCCAGCCCUACUGGGUGAAGGCCCAGACCUGGCAAACUCAUGAGCCCCUCUGCCCCUGUACAGGGUGUGGGGGGAACCUGACUGGGCUCCAGGGAAUGCUCUCUGCUCCCAUCUACCUGCAACAGUAUCCUCACCACCAGCUUUGCACCUGGCAUAUCUCAGUGCCCGCUGGACAUGGCAUAGAACUGCAGUUUCACAACUUCAGCCUGGACACUCAGGACGCGUGCAAGUUUGACUAUGUGGAAGUUUAUGAGACCAGCAAUUCAGGGGCCCUCAGCCUCCUGGGCAGGUUCUGUGGAGCAGAACCGCCACCCCGGCGCCUCAUCUCCUCGUACCACCAGCUGGCUGUCCUUUUUAGGACAGAUCAUGGCAUCAGCGGUGGGGGCUUCUCGGCCACCUACCAGGCCCUCAAUGCCACAGAGAAGCCCUGUGGACCUGGAGAGCUCUCCUGCCGGGAUGCAGGGUGUAAGAGUCUGCAGUGGAUGUGUGGCCUAUGGAGAGACUGUGCAGAGAGCAGUGGUGACAACUGCAGCAGCCCCUUGUUCCCACCCCCAGAGCUGGCCUGUGAGCCUGUCCAGGUGGAGAUGUGCAUCGGUCUGAGCUACAACACCACAGCCUUCCCUAACAUCUGGGUGGGCAUGGCCACCCAGGAGGAGGUGAUGGAGCUCCUCAGAGGUUACAAGAGCCUGACAAGUCUGCCCUGCUACCAGAAUUUCCGGAGGCUCCUUUGCGGGCUGCUUGUGCCCCACUGCACCCCGCUAGGCAGUGUCCUUCCCCCUUGCCGCUCUGUCUGCCAGGAGGCAGAGCGCCAGUGCCAGUCUGGCCUGGCACUACUGGGCACCCCCUGGCCCUUCAACUGCAACAGGCUGCCCGAGGCAGCUGGCCUGGAGGCUUGUGCCCAGCCCUGA